AAUAUGCAAAUCGCUGCUUUCAGUGCGGGAGGCCUUCCAUUGUCCCGCGCUAGGAUUAUGCAAAUAAGCAGGCCUCCAGUCCAAGAUGCAGGCAGACUCGUCGCCCUCACCCCCUGAGCAUCUAGUUUUUUUAAGAGGCUCGUUGCUGCUGCGCGCACGCACGCGCGAGCCCCGCAGCUUCUCUAUCCUUCGGGCCGCGGACUGUACCAAGUAAAGCCGGGCAGCGAGGAGCAAAGCGCGGCAGCUCCAACGUAGGUUCCGUAGACAACCAGUCUCAGAUAGCCCCUUUUCCCGCACAGCUACAGGAACGGUCCAUCUGGCCGCGCAAGCGCCCUCGCCUCCUCACGCCCCUUGCUCUCCCUCCUACCCUACUCGCAACGCAGGCGCAGAGCCCGGCCGUGCAGCCGCCACCGCCGAGCCAGAGCUGGGGCCGCCAGCGCCGCACCCUUCUCCACCUGCCAACAUCCUGUGUUAGAAGAGUUCGUUGCUGGAGGAGUGACUGUGAGAGCUGGCCAGGGAGGGACGCCGCCCAGCUGUUGUCUACUCCUGUCUCCUGUCCUCUCCCCUGGCCAUGACAGAGACUCGUGAGCCGGCUGAGACUGGGGGUUACGCCAGCUUGGAAGAAGACGAUGAGGACCUUUCCCCAGGUCCCGAGCAUUCCUCUGACUCGGAAUACACUCUUUCAGAGCCAGAUUCCGAAGAGGAAGAAGAUGAGGAGGAGGAGGAAGAGGAGACCACUGAUGACCCCGAAUAUGACCCGGGCUACAAGGUGAAGCAGCGCCUUGGUGGGGGUCGGGGAGGCCCAUCCCGGCGGGCCCCCCGUGCAGCCCAGCCCCCGGGCCCUGCGGCCCAGCCCUGCCAACUCUGUGGCCGGUCCCCACUUGGGGAGGCCCCACCGGGCACCCCACCUUGCCGGCUUUGCUGUCCUGCUGCAACCCCCCAGGAAGCACCAGCCCCUGAAGGCAGAGCCCUUGGGGAGGAAGAGGAAGAGGCCCCUCGGGCCGGGGAGGGCCAGCCAGCUGGGCGAGGGGAAGAGCAGGAUGAGGAAGAAGAGGAGGGCACCUACCACUGUACCGAGUGCGAGGAUUCCUUCGACAGCCUCGGGGAGCUGCAUGGCCACUUCAUGCUGCACGCCCGGGGCGAGGUGUAGGCAGAGGCUCUGGCUGGGGGUGUGGAGGAUGGGGGGGCGGGAGGCAGGCACCGAGGACGUUGGAGUGGUCAGGUGGUGGGCAGGGGUCCGGCAGGUCUGUGUUGUUUUAGCAGUAGAUGUGUGAAGGCCAGAAUAAAAGCCACGUUCUGUGAGUGUCGGUCCA